AUGAAUAAAUACAACAAAAUGAAACUAUUUAUUCAGCAGAAAAUAAAAUAUUCAAAGCACUUUAGAAUGCUGCAUAAUGAUUCAUAUAUUUUGUCUAAAGAAAUUAAAAUGUUAUUAAAUCGAGGAAAUAUUACAGAUGCAAUUAUAAAAGUGCGUAAUCAUAAUCAAAAUGUAUCAUGUACUGUCUCAUGGAAUCAUAUUAUUGACUAUUGUAUGAAUAAUGGUAGAGUUAAUCUUGCUUUUAAGUGUUUUAAUGAAAUGAAAAAAAGAUCUCAUUUUCCAAAUUCGCAUACAUUUACUAUAUUGUUACGUGGACUUUCUAUGAAUUCAAAACAUCCUAGGAGUUUUUCGUAUGCUUUUCAUAUUUAUAAAUCAUUAUGGUCAUCUAAGUAUACUGAUCGUUUGAGUAUUAUUCACACCAAUGCUAUGCUUCAGGUUUGUGCAGUUACUAAGCAAUCUCAAGCGGCAUUUGAGGUUUUUGAAGAGGUUUCUAAAAGUAACCUUGUUGCUGAUUCUAUAACAUAUACUAUUUUAUUCAAUAUUUUAAGUCACGAAAACAUGAAAAACAUAAAUGUAUAUGAUAAGAGACAAAAAUUAUUGAGAAAAGUUAUUGAAGCAUGGAAUAUGAGGGGUUUUGUUGUUGAUGAAUCUCUGAUUUGCUCGAUAUCUUUAUGUUUUCUUCAAGGAAAGAAACGUAAAGACUCUGAUUUUGUUUUUACAUUGGUUGAGCGCUUUUUUGGCAUAAAAAGGAUGAUACCUCCCCUUCAAGAAAAAGCUGAUAUACUUAUAAAUGAUUUUAAUUUGAAUCCAUCUUUAUCAGAGAGUCAAUAUAUCAAGAUUAGCAAUAAAGGUUUAAACAUUAUAUUAUUGGCAUGCCUUUUAUUAAAAAAAGAGAAAUAUGGAAUCGAAUAUUGGGAUUUCAUAAUAAAGAAUUAUGGCCUUGUUCCCGAUUAUAAUAAUUAUUAUAAUUAUUUUCUGCUACUUAUACGCACUAAACUAAGAAGUACUAUUGAUAAGGUUAUAGAAAAUAUAAUACAAAAGCAGGUCAGUUUAGAAAACAAUGUAAUAUUGCUCUAUAUGAAAGCAUGUAAUAAAAAUAGGACCCAUAGUGAUUAUAUUAUAGCAAAAACUAUAUUAAAAAUAGUGAUACUGCAUAAAAUGAAAAUAAAUUUAUUCAUUAUUGAUUUAUUUUUACAAAUAGCUAACAAUACUGUUUCUAAAGAUGAUAUUUUGGAUUUAUUAAAUCUUUUACAACAAUUUGAUUUGAAAUCGCUAAUUUUUGCAAUAAGUCAUAUAAAAAAUAGGCAUGAAAGAAAUGAUGCAAUUUCAGCAGGGAUUCGUAUAUGUUCUAACCUUAUCAAAUAUUCCAAAUACCUUUCUGAAAAUGAAUAUAAAGAUAUUCAAAUAUUAAAAGAUAGAGUUUUAAAAAUGCGAUCUUUAUAG